CUUCCUCUACGCCGGUGGAAAAUUGCUUCCCGGUCUAACGUUGUGUUAUUCAAGUCGAGUAUAGAGUUGUAGACCUACAAAUUUACUUCCAAGUAAAAAAGGCAAAAUAGAAGACUACAUCAUCUUGGAAACAUGGCCAACACAAAAACAUUGUUUGAUUGGGCUGAAAAAGGGGGAAUCGUAAGCCUUGGGAUUGGGGCACCAGACAAGACCCUGCUGGCCCAAUGCAGUGAGUUGAUGAUGAUGGCAUCACAACAUCUGGUAGCAACAGGGGAGACAAGCUUCUUGCAAUAUGGGCCGCGAUUAGGAGACAUUGAUGCCCUGAAAGCUCUGGCUAGCUUCUUGAGCAAGGAGUACAAGGCACCAGUUGAUGUUAAGAACCUGAUGUUUAAUUCUGGUGCAUCACAAGGUCUCAAGUUCCUUGCAGGCUCCUUGAUGCAGCAUGGUGAUACAGUGUUUGUGGAAGACCCAACCUACUUCAUUGCCAUAAAUGUCCUUGUUAAAGAUCAGGGGAUGAAUGUUGUUCCUGUGACUACAGAUGAAGGGGGUAUAGAUGUUGAGCAGCUAGACCAGCUCAUGAGCAAAUAUGCAUCAAUCUGCUCCAGACCUUUGACAGAUAAGAAACCUUUUAGAUUUAUGGUGUAUCUUACUCCUACAUUUAACAACCCAAGGGGAACUGAUCUCACAAAAGAAAGAAGUGUAAAGCUGGUUCAAGUACUGCGAAAGCACAAAGCACUUGCAAUUUGUGAUGAUGUCUACAAUGUAAUUUACUUCAAAGAAGACAACCUCCCAAAUGGUAGGCUCUUUAGUUAUGACAAUAAGAUUGACCCCAACUACCAAGGCAAUGUAAUCUCCAAUGCAAGCUUCAGCAAAAUCCUAGGCCCUGGUCUACGCUUGGGUUGGAUUGAAGGGCCUACCCAUUUAUUGACCAUGCUCUCAGAGAGCGGUUAUUCUUGCAGUGGUGGUUGUUUUAAUCACUAUACAGGUUGCAUUAUUGGUAAAGCAAUUGAGCUAGGGCUUGUCUCCAAGCACCUGGAACAUUCUAGAAAAGUCUACCAUUCUAGAAUGACAGCUCUGUGUGAUGCAAUUGAUGAGUACUUGCCCAAAGUGAGGUAUUUUAGGCCAAGUGGAGGAUACUUUGUAUGGCUAGAGUUUCCUGAAAAUAUUGAUACCCAGGAGUUGCUAAAUGUUAGCAAGAGAGAGUAUAGUGUUUUUUUCCAUGUUGGUCCCAAGUGCUCAUGUGUUGGGAAUUUUCGCAAUUGUGCCCGCUUUAGUGCUGCAUUCUACUCAGAAGACAUUCUGAAAGAGUCUAUUAGAAAAAUAAGCUUGGCUUUGAGCAAGCUUAUGAAAGAGUGAAAUUUGGUAUAUACUUGGUGGUGAUGCUGUUCUCAUGUCAAACAGACAGAUAUAUUGUAUUUUUUGUAUAUUUGUAUUUUUUAUUACUAACAGUGUAAUAAGUAAACACUUGCAUACUUUGAGAGAAUAAUAAGAAUAUGCAAUAAGAAUACCUUUUGAUAGCCUAAUAAAUAAAAGACUGGUAUUUAUUACGUAAAUAAAAUAAAGAUGGCACAAGUAAAUUAACAUCAUAGCAUAUCACAGUUAAAGCCUGACUCGAAACUCAAACUGCUUUUUGCCCUUGAUUUAAUUUAGAAAGGUUCACUGUAGAUACUUACACGUAUUUACCCCCCGACACAUUAGCAUAUGUCCAGAGGAGGGUAAAAGGGUCAUUAUUACAUGAUUGAAACCUUUUCCAUUGUUCUUGCAAGUCCUUUAUUUCACUAAAAUACCUAUGAAUAAUUUACAAUCUUAAAGAACGGGAAGGACAGGGAAAAGUGGCGUUUAAUAUGAACUCAUUAAAUAUGAAUAAGGUUAAUAACUAGAAUACUAAUAAAGAGGAGUAGGUUUA